ACCGUCUCAUGCAUCUGUCUAUCUCAGGCUUGGAACCGGUCUCCGGCUUCGCCCCGCCUUCCUUCCUUCCAACUCCCGCUGGAAAAAACCACGAGCUCUGCUCCGCUCCGCUCUGUUCAUUCUGCCAAAGCAUGUCCCUCGCUUCGAGGCUUCAUUGUGCAGAUCCGCGAACUUCGUGACGGGAGGGAAGGAAAGGCAAAGGAAAGGCAAACGCGAAGGGAACCAGGCGAUUUGUGCGAGGAGUUAGUUGUCUCGCAGCAGCAGCAGCUUAGCACCCUCUGGCUGCGUCGAUCUCCCUCCCUCCCCCCUCCUCUGCCGUCGUUCGUUCGUUCGUUCUCGUGGCUCCUCGUCAGCUUAGUGUCGCGGUGCUAGGGUUAAGUGGUGCCUGCUUGCUCGUCUUCUUGCUUGCUGCCGCGCGACAUUUUCUGUGAGGAUCGAGCUUCGCACCGCUCCUCUGUUCGCCGCGGCUUCGUGUAAAUGUUGUGGUAGGUUCAUCCGGGUGGGAAAGCGUCCUCUGCAAGCGACGAAGGAAGCCACAGGCGAGGCGAGAAGAUGGCGCACAAGGCCGACGACGAGUACGACUAUCUGUUCAAGGUGGUGCUGAUAGGAGAUUCCGGUGUGGGGAAGUCCAAUCUGCUUUCCAGAUUUACGCGGAACGAGUUCUGCCUGGAGUCGAAGUCGACCAUUGGCGUGGAGUUUGCCACUCGAUCUAUCCAGGUCGAUGGAAAGACGAUCAAAGCUCAGAUUUGGGACACAGCAGGGCAAGAGAGGUACCGAGCCAUCACAAGUGCGUACUACCGGGGAGCCGUGGGAGCUUUGCUGGUGUACGACAUCACAAAGCACGUAACGUACGAGAACGUGGAGAGGUGGCUGAAGGAGCUGAGAGACCACGCGGACUCGAACAUUGUGAUCAUGCUGGUGGGGAACAAGUCGGACCUGAAGCAUCUGAGAGGCGUGUCAACAGACGAUGCGCAGGCGUUUUCGGAGAAGGAAGGGCUUUCUUUCAUAGAAACGUCAGCGUUGGAGUCGACGAACGUGGAGAAGGCAUUCCAGAGGAUUUUGACAGAGAUAUAUCGCAUCGUGAGCAAGAAAGCUCUGGCUUCGGAGGAGAACACGACUGAAGGCCCCGGACAGGGAACCAAUAUUGUUCCGCUAGACAGCAACGCUCCAGACCUGAAGAAGGGAUGUUGCUCAGCUUAGGGCAUCCUUUAGCAAGUUGCGUUUGUAGGGGCGCCCCUUUUUUCUUGCCUCAGUUUUGUAAAGCAGCUUUUUUUUGGUGAAUGGGAUUUUAUGUUUUUAUUUGUGUAGGGUAGUUUCUGGGAACCUUAAAUUUUGUUUAGAUUGUUUUUUUUGUCACCGUAUUCGUGGUGGAUUUUAUUAGAAGCGCUCUGUUUUAUCUUACCUGGUUUGGUUGUGGUUAUGUUGAAUUUUAGAACUUA